CUCGGGUCCUGGGGUGCGCAUCCAGAAAGCGCGCGGCGGAAGCGUGGUCGUGAUCCAGAAUGACGCUCUUCGAUGGCAUCUACCCCUUCUACCCCCAGCCAAGGAAGCCCUUCGUCUUCAACUUCAACCUCAUCGUCGUCAUUGUUGUCUUUCUGGUGAUUGCCUGCAGCUUCCUACUGAUCUUGCCUGGAAUUCGCGGCAGAGCGAGGAUCUACUGGCUUCUCCGGGUCAUUGUAAGCCUCUUUAUUGGAGGAGUAAUUGUCGCUGUUCACUUCACCUCCGACUGGGAGAGUGCCCAGGUGACGGCCAACACUUCCUACAAAUCCUUCAGCCCUGUUGCAGUGCGAGCAGAUAUUGGGUUGCACAUUGGUUUGGCAGGAAUCAAUGUCACGCUGGUGGGAAAGCCAGUAGACCAGCUGAAUGAAACCAUCAGCUACAAUGAGUUCUUUGCCUGGUGGUUUGGGGCAGACUAUGACCAGGACUACAAAGAAGGCUUGGAGAGGGGGCUGCCCUACCCGAUCCUGUAUGUGGCAGAGAAGUUCAGUGAGCACAGUCCCUGUGCCUUGCAUGGCCAGUACAGGAUGGCCGGGCACUAUGCCUCUGCCACCUUGUGGGUUGCCUUCUGUGCAUGGCUUGUGGCCAACAUGCUCUUCUCCAUGCCAGUCCCAGUAUACGGUGGGCAAAUGAUGCUCGUGACGGGGGCCUUCAUGAUCUUUGCGCUGCUCUCCUUCUUCACGGGGAGGAACACAUCCACGUGUGCCAUCCACUUUGGCCCUGCCGCCUUGCAGCCGGUCUUCGGAGUCUCCUUCUGGCUCACGCUGGCCACAGGGCUGCUGUGCUUCCUGAUUGGUAUAGUGGUGAUCACAUUGCACUCACUCUCCCCUGGCCUCCUGAAAGCCUUCUUGGACCUGUGUGAGGAUGAAGAGGAAGACGAGGGGAUGCUGGGUGAAGUGUACAUCAACCCCCACAUCCCUCAACUGAAGACCUUCUCUUCCUCGCACAACUUCAGCCUGACCAUCAAGAACAGCUAAAGCAAAAUCUGGCAUGGAACUCUAUGGCCCGCUCUUUCUACAAGGGUAUUGGCUGCAGUCUGUCCUGGCUAAGCCGAGGAGGGAAAGCUUAAUAUUGCCCCCACUGGAGAGGACACCUUCAACCUGGCUUUUCCUUGCCAUGGACUGGGCUUUAGUGGCUGUGCCAGCCUUAUCUUGUUGAGUCUGAAAGGAGUCGCAGUAUUUCCUCUUAGGGGACUAGUAAUGCUCCUGGUAAUAGGGAGUGUUGAUGGCACAGCUAAUGGACAGUAGGACCCAGCAAGGGAAGGAUGACUUCAGACUAUUGCUAGCAAAGGUACGGCAUGAUUCUGCAGAGUCAGAACCCAUCCAGGGCACCUUGUGGGCUAGGGCCCUGGUGGUAGCCCUGUGAGCACAAAAGGGCUAGUCUCUCCAUGCCAGUGGGCCAAGAGGGAAACCAGAGCCUGCCCAUCCAGCUCUGUUCACCAGGCUCAGAAAGCAGCAUUUUGCGUCUAAGAAUUGUGAAGUUUAGCGUGCCUAAAGAGUCUUGUGCCAGCACAGGCUGAGUGGAUAUCUGGAGCAUUUCCUGAGAGCUAAAUGGUUGCUCCAGCAAGCUGCCGCGGGAUCAAGAGAGCCAAUAUCUUCCUCUGAUCUUUGUCCAUCAACGCUACCUCUGGAAAGACAAGCUUUGAGGAACCCUCUGAACAUCCACCGGUGAAGUCCAAGCUUCAUGUAACCCUGUUUUCCAAUUGUGUGUUUCACAGGAAUCCUCUCGUGUCACAUGGAGCACCCCGCUACACUUGUGUAGGCCUGUAGGGGGGGGUGUUUAAGGAGUGUUGUGGAGGGGUUUCCCAGGGAGGUCACAAGCUCUCGCUUCCUUUUUGGCAUCUCAGUGGUGCAGUGGGCCCUGUUGCACUCACUUAUUUCCUGUCCACUCCCAGAGCACCUACACCAGUUCCUCCACUAGCUUAGGACAUUGCUGCUGCUUCCUCGCCAUGCCACAUAAGUGUAAAGGCUGCUCUACCUCCACAGCACUGGAGAAUUCUUCUGUUUGCAGCUCAGUGAAUUAACGUCAGUGUUGUGGGUAAACCGAACCACGUUGGGCUCGAGGCUGCGAGGACUGGGCGGCCCCUCUCCCAUGGAGGACUCCCAACAGCCAGACUGUGUGAUCUCCAAUCCCAUGGGCUGCCCUGCCCGACCCAACCAUGCCUGGCCCUGCAGGGAACUUGCAGGCAAAACUUGGCUGGAUGGCAUCCUCUUGUGGAGAGGACCCAUGAGAUCUCGCGGAAGCCUCACAAGAUUUCCAGGGAAGAUCCUGGGGAACUUCCGAGAUCUGCACCACCUGUCAGUUGCUUUUUAAGGGCCAAACUACCGAUGAUGAGGGGCUAGAAACAGAAGAGAGCUUGACCUGGCAACAGUCCUGUGAUUCGGUUGGAGGUGGCACCGUUGAUCCUGGGGCCAAAGAAAGGACUCGGGGGGGGGGGGGCAGGGCCUCUCUCCAUUAAUCUGAGGUGACGGGCCAAAGCUAUACCCUGACCGGCAGGACACUGCAGUACCUGGGAGGGAUGUGACACCAUGUUUACCCUACCCCGGCCCACAUUCUCUGUGUGAUCUUCAAAGAUCAGUGGAUCUUGAAGGAAGGGAAGCGUGCUGCUUGCUUACUAUAUUCACAACCACUUUUCAACAACAAAGAAGUCCCCAAAGUGGUUUACAUGGAACAAAAAUGUUAAAGUGAUUCCCUGUCCCUGCAAAGGGCUCACCGUCUAAAAAAGAAACUGUGCAUGCCUGGCACUGGAAGUGUUACUAGUGGACUUGGCAGUCCUCUUGCUGGUUUCCUUUUGAGUUGAGUACAGGAGUGCUGCAUAGAGCAAGGCCAAAAAUGCAAAGGCCUCAAAGUACUCUGGCAAUGGACAAUCCAUUCCCUCUACCCUGCAGUCAAUCAGCUGCAAGGCACAACCAUCAGGACUGCAGCACCCUGGAGAGCUCCCAGUGAGGAAUGUGUUCUGGCCGGGGGCCAGAGCUAGAACUAGGUCUUAGAUACCUCCAGGCUCAAACCACUCCUCACAGGCUCCACCUCCCUGCCUGGAGAGCAGAGAGAUUUAAAGGGCAGGUGUCUGGCCUGGAGUCUGGUGUUUAUUCCAUUGAGUCCCUCCUGGCCUGUUGCCAGCACCAGUGACAUGAGGGCAGUUCAUUGGGGGGGGGCGUGCUCAGGCUCCAUGAGUGCUACUUCCAGGGGCCCCAGCCUGGAGUGAGACUGGGUCUGGAUCCUGAUCCAGGGCAGAUCCUUCCUGCCAGCUACUUUCCCUCUGCUCAAGGGGAAUGGUCAAGACACCGUUCAUCUAGUGCUGAAUGCGUCCACCUGUCAGCUAGAUGGUUACUCAUCUUAGUUCCUGCUGCAUGGGUGGUUUGGCCUGGCAGGUCUCAGUGCUGCGUGGAUUUCAUGAUUCCGCAAUGGCACGAUGGAAGAAAUACAGCAUAUUUGGUUCAGUAGCCUGAGCCUCUUGUCUUUAAACAAGAUUGAGAAGUUUCUAGUCCUUAUGCCUGCAAACAUGGGUUGAGGCCAGUGUUCCCUCCAACAGGGAUUUCCAGAUGAUAUUGACUACAACUCUCAUAAGCCCCAGCCAAAGGCCAUUGCAGUUGGGGAUGCUGGGAGUUGUAGUAAUUAACAUCUGGGAAUCCCUGUUAGAGGGAACACUGGUUGGGGCGCAUGGAAGCAAUGACUGAGGCUGUCUCAGUAGGCUAAGGAGAUGGGAGCAGAAUUUCCAGUAACUAAACAGAAAAUGGCAAAAGCUUUCACACACUAGCAAGCACCUCUAGUCACUAUGACAAGUAAAACAAAAUAUGUCAGUGUGUAGUUUGGGGUUCCCAUAACACAGGGUUUAGAGGUUGUUUUUGGUUUUUAUUUAGCUCAGUACAUGCAUAACACUCGGCAGCUUUGAUAAGGGACAGGAGUCAGUUUGUAUAGGUCAGUUUGGAGAGGGCUGUCUGCUACUAGGAGGUGGGCCCUCCAGAAAUCCUGCAGUUGUGGAUUUUGAGAGCAUCAGUGCCUCCAUUUGCUUAGGAGCAUUGACAACAUGCUUGCACCUGCAUACACAAGACAAGCAGUGCUGUUUGCUUGCUCUCUGUGUGCACUCGUGGCUAAAAUCCACAAAGCAGAAUCACAGAAUCUCCAUAGGAUAUAUAAGUGAACACCUUGCUAUAGUUGCAUAACCUCUGCAUGUCUUGGCACAGGACUUGAUUCUACUCUAGUGGAAACUUCAUGUGAUAUUUCAGAACCAGUAAGCUUGUAGCAAGCAUCCUUUUGUUAAUACAUUUUGUGUAUUUCAAUGCUGUGAUCAGACUUCUUAAUAAAGUUCUAA